AUGGACAUGGAUCCCUUCCAAUUGCCUCCCACCUCUCCUUCUGUGGAAGAGCUCAUGCAUGAGGUCCAGCUCCUUACCCAAGAGUUGAAUUUUCUUAGACAGCAGCAGCAGUCAUCAUCUACUCCACCACACCCUCAGCAACCAGUCAGUCAGUCACCAUCAUUACCACCACCACCACCACCACCUGCUGCUCUAGAUAUUCACUCUUUCCCUACCCCUCAUGUUGCCCCUUCCUGUUCACACUCUGUCAUUAAAGUCUCACCUCCAGAUCCAUUUGAUGGUUCUAUGGAGAAGGCAGAAAACUUCCUCAGAGAUACUGCUGGGAAGUGGGCAUAUGAGAAGACUAAAGUAAUAGACAAUGCUUAG